CACACAACUAGUCCUCUUGUUCGGGAUUAUGGUCAGGAUUACUUAAUCCGUGACGCAGCAGAAAUAGAAGACAGUCAACAAUCUGCGAGGCAAGCAGCCCACCAUAUACCCACAGGCAUGUUGCGUUUGCCUGUUAUGAAUCGCAGUUUCCUUCCAGCAGCUAUCAUUAAAGCAGGCGCGGCUGCUGCAGCUCACAAUGCUCGCGCUGCAUCUGCAGCCACAGCCGCUGCUGCUGCCAGGAGCCUCCUGGAGGUGUUUGUGGAUGGGAAGCCUGUCAUGGUGGAGCAAGGAACUACGGUGUUGCAGGCAUGUGAGAAGGCUGGGAUGCAGAUACCCCGCUUCUGUUACCACGAGCGCUUGUCAGUUGCUGGAAACUGUCGUAUGUGUCUUGUGGAGAUAGAGAAUGUUCCCAAGCCUGUUGCAGCCUGUGCAAUGCCUGUCAUGAAAGGCUGGAACAUCCUCACCAACUCUGACAAAACAAGAAAGGCCAGAGAGGGUGUGAUGGAGUUUCUUCUGGCAAACCAUCCUCUGGAUUGUCCAAUUUGUGAUCAAGGAGGUGAAUGCGAUCUUCAGGACCAGUCCAUGCAAUUUGGCAGCGACCGCAGCCGCUUCACGGAGGCCAAAAGAGCAGUUGAAGAUAAAAACAUUGGACCCCUUAUAAAAACCAUCAUGACCCGCUGUAUCCAGUGCACUCGCUGUGUGCGUUUUGCCAGUGAGAUAGCAGGAGUGGAGGACCUCGGCACCACUGGGAGAGGCAACGACCUCCAGAUUGGGACCUACGUGGAGAAGAUGUUCAUGUCAGAGUUAUCGGGGAACAUAAUUGAUAUAUGUCCAGUGGGAGCUCUGACGUCUAAACCUUACGCCUUCACCGCUCGUCCCUGGGAGACCAGGAAGACUGAAUCCAUUGAUGUUCUGGAUGCUGUGGGGAGUAACAUAGUGGUGAGCACCCGUGGAGGAGAAGUGAUGAGAAUUUUACCUCGAAUUCACGAGGACAUAAAUGAGGAAUGGAUCUCUGAUAAAACCAGGUUUUCUUAUGAUGGACUAAAGAGACAGAGGCUUAUUCAACCAAUGGUGAAAAGUGAGUCAGGGAACUUCGUCCCAGCAUCGUGGGAAGACGUGCUAACCCGAGUGGCCGGAGCGUUGCAAAGCGUCCAAGGAAGCGAGAUUGCGGCUGUUGUCGGAGGUCUGGCUGACGCAGAGGCUCUGGUUUCCCUGAAAGACUUGCUGAACCGUUUGAACAGCGAUAACCUAUGCACUGAGGAAAUGUUUCCCAUGGCUGGAUCUGGAACUGAUCUACGUUCAAACUAUCUUCUGAACACCAGCAUUGCUGGCAUUGAAGAAGCUGACGUGCUCCUGCUAGUGGGUACUAACCCUCGCUAUGAGGCUCCUCUCUUCAAUGCACGCAUCAGAAAAAGCUGGUUGCACAACGAGCUGCACAUAGCUUUAGUGGGCAAGGAAGUGGAACUAAGCUACACGUAUGAUCAUCUCGGAGAGUCCGCCAAGGUCCUGAGAGAAAUUGCUUCAGGAACACACCCGUUUGCUCAGCUUUGGGCUCAGGCGAAGCACCCUGUUGUUGUAGUUGGCAGCAGCUGCCUGCAGAGAGAGGACGGGGCUGCGAUAAUGGCUGCUGUGUCAACUAUUGCUCAGAAUGCUGGAGUCAGCAGCGGCCAGCAGGAAACCUGGAAGAUCCUCAAUGUGCUUCAUAGGGUUGCCAGUCAGGUGGCGGCACUUGAUCUUGGAUAUAAGCCAGGUGUUAAAACAAUCAAGGAGAAUCCACCCAAAAUUUUGUUUCUGCUGGGGGCGGAUGCUGGCUGUAUUACUCGUCAAGACCUGGCAAAAGACAGCCUGAUCAUUUAUCAAGGCCACCAUGGCGACGUAGGCGCCCCAACAGCCGAUGUCAUUCUCCCCGGAGCUGCAUAUACAGAAAAAUCUGCCACUUAUGUGAACACUGAGGGCCGUGCCCAGCAGACCAAGGUUGCUGUGACUCCUCCUGGAAUGGCCAGGGAGGACUGGAGGAUCAUAAGAGCCAUAUCUGAGCUGGCCGGCGUGACUCUGCCUUAUGACAGUCUUGAUGAAGUACGUGACAGACUGGCAGAAGUUUCCCCUAAUCUUAUUCGAUAUGAUGAUAUUGAGGAGGCUAACUACUUUAAGCAGGCUAAUGAACUGUCCAAGGCUGUGAACCAAGCUGACCUCGCUGAACCUUUAGUUCCUCCACAGCUUACUGUGAAGGACUUUUACAUGACAGAUCCCAUAAGCAGAGCCUCACAGACUAUGGCGAAAUGUGUAAAAGCCGUCACAGAGGGAGCACAAGCUGUGGAGGAGCCGGCAGUUUGCUAAAGCACAAACAAGAGCUGUCAAAUGAUGCGCACAACUUUUAAAUUUGCACUUUUACUUUAUGCAUACUGUUUUGCACAGUGGAGCAGAUGUUCUGUAAUAGGGGCAUUGUGUUACAAUAUAUUAUCAGCUUGUAUUUAAUAGAAAUUCUGAGAUGCGCUUUAAAUAACUUCUCUCAUUUUAACUAAUCUGACCUUAAACUGUGAAAUCAUUAUGGGGUAUAUUUAUUUUUUUUCUGUAAGAUGUUAGAAGAUGUUUUUAUUAGGUAAACAAAGUAUAUUUUGUGUAUAUUUUUGAAGAAAAAAAAAUGUAGGAAGUCAAA